AUGGCAUUACCACUAGAUGUGCCUCUGGAAAACAAUGAUCUUGUUUUCACGGAGAGGAAGUUUUUAUCGUUUACGGAAUCGAACCAGAUUUUUGUAGUACAGAAGAAUGCAAGCACUGAUAGCGGAUUGUUAUGUGGCCAUAUCUCUCCUUUGGAAGAUGAAGGAUCUCCUGCUGUGUUAGCGACAUGCUGGGUAGAAUUGAAUGAGCAUUUUUGUCCAUGUCGAAACUUUGGGGCUGUGUUUCGAAUGUCGUCUACAUUCCAUGUUGAACUGACAAGCAAGGUAGAGGCAUCAGCACCAAUUGCUCAUUGUUCCAUAAUAGAAAGAGCAACAGAUUCUAUCCAACAAAAGUACUGGGUUGUGUAUGAAGAUGGAGAGACUUUGGCAGUGUAUAGAAUUGGGCAGAGUAGCUGCAAGGCGGAAAAAGUUGAGCACACUGAGUACUCCCUCUGA